CAUGACAACCAGAAAAAGGUCAACAAAUUCAAGCGAAUGACCAAGCUCUAUGACCCAAUGGAGGGGAGGAAAAGGAAGGAAAGGAAUCGAGAUAAUAUGGACGUUGAGUCUUGCAGCGCCGUAUUUGAGUUGCCUUGAGGUUGGUGCAGAGGGUAGAAGAUGACGCAGUGUGGAUCAUUCAAGGCCAUAAACUAUGAGUGAUUAACUGUUAGGCAUAGGUUAACCAUUCGUUCCAGCAAUGUGCAUUAACUGUUUGUCGAAGCAAUGGGAGGGUAGACUUGAAGGAAUUUGACGGGUUUAUUUGCUUUAAGGGAAGGGAAGACUGUGUAGAGUUUUCAGUUGUACAAAUAAUGUUUUAAAUUCUGGUCACCGCCAUGUUUCCCUCUCUUUUUCUGACCUGCGUGUCAGAUUAAUCUGCAUGUGCACACACACACACACACGCAUACGCACACACACGCAUACACACACACACACGCAUACA